AAAAAAGCAGGUUUGCAGGGGACAGGAUGUGUAGUCGAUGGUGAGAACAGUUUGGCCCAUCACAGCCACCCAACAUCACGCUGAGAUGAUUCUGUUAUCGAUGUUCCUGCUUCUUCACACAGGAUAUGCGCUGAUCUCAGUCAUCAUAGUAGAACUCGGUGAACCUGUGACUUUCACGUGUUCGUUCCCCGAUGCUCAGUACAGCAACACCCGGGUCAAGUGGUACAAACAGAGCACGGGCGACUCGCUUAAGUUAAUAACUACUCUGAUGAAAGCCACUUUAAAUCCUGCAUUUGAAGAAGAAUUUCGCUUCAAGCGAUUCAGUGUAAACCACACGGAGGUGACGAGCACGCUGACCAUCAAUGAUACGGUCCAGGCAGAUGAGGCGGUUUAUCACUGUGCAGUGAUUACAUGGAGUAAGGAUCGGUGGAGUGGAACAUAUCUGGGGUUUAAAGCCUUUGCUUUUACAGGAAACAGUGAGAAAACGUCAAACUAUUCUGUUGUUCAGACGUCGUCAGUCUCUGAUCCAGUCCGUCCAGGAGACUCAGUGACUCUCCAGUGUUCAGUCCUCUCUGCCUCUGACAACAAGACGUGUCCAGGAGGUCCCAGUGUUUACUGGUUCAGAGCUGGAUCAGACCAGUCUCCUCCAGGAAUCAUCUCCACUGAUGGAAACAAUGAUUGUGAGCAGAGAUCUGACUCUGUGAAGAGCUGCGUUUAUCGCUUCUCUAAGACCAUCAGCUCCUCUGACGCUGGGACUUAUCGCUGUGCUGUGGCCACAUGUGGACAGAUGCUCUUUGGAACAGGCACAACAUUAAAAAUCCAAGAAACCAGCUUGUCAUCAACCACAUUGGGCGUCGUUGUCUUGGCUGUAACUGUGGUCGCUUCUGUCUUUUUGCUUUUUGCCGUUAAGGAGAACAAGUGUGAAUGUUGGACUGACUCUGCUUCCCUGCAAGAAGAUGUUGUUCAAAGGAACUUUAAGUUUCCUCAGAGGCAUCAGGACACUGGGGUUUAUUCUGCUGUUGUGUUUACUGUGGUGAAAAGUGACAGAGGCGGCGCACGCGGUACCAAAGCAGCAUAGAGAGGAUCUGUGCUGCCUUCAGGCUCUGGGGUCGGAUCAGCAGUGUUCACAAAAUCUUCUUCGUUUGACGCAGACAAUAAGAAGAGCAAUCAGUGAAACAGAACACGCCAGAAGUACCAGCAGCAGUCCAAGUACAACUGGGUCCGGUCCUGGAUUCAGAACAAAUCUCUGUUACAAAAACACAGUAACUCGAUCAGUCAUUUAACACAGUCAGCACUGGUGUUGGAGGAGCUGUUGCAAAACUAACGACAACAAAGAGACAAAAUCAACAUUAGAAAUGAAGGACUUUACACAUACUUGUCUCCACG